AUGACCGGUCAACAGGCGAUGUUCAAAAUACCAAAAGAAAACUCCGAGACAGUUACAAAAAUUAGCUUCAUGAUAGCAGAAGCCAUUGCAAAGCGAAGUAAACCCUUAUCGGACGGACAAUUUGUCAAGGAAUGCUUGGAGAUAUUUACGUCGGUAGCAUGUCCGGAGCAUAAAACACUAGUUAAAAAUACAAGCUUGUCACAUCAAACCAUAGCAAGAAGAAUUGAUGACUUGGCCAAAGAUAUCGAAUCCUCUCUAAAAACACAACUAAAGAAAUGCGUUUUCUAUAGUUUUGCUCUCGACGAAAGUACUGAUAUGUGUGAUACAGCGCAGUUGGCAGUAUUCGUGAGAGGAGUGACAGAAGACUAUGCUGUGAUUGAGGAAUUACUUGAUUUGCGUUCGAUGAAAGAUACAACCACAGGAAAAGACAUCUACGAAGUAAAGAGUUGCAUAGAAAAAUAUGAACUUCAAAUCGAAAAUCUUUGCGGCUUGACUACAGAUGGUGCACCAGCAAUGACAGGAAGAGCGAAUGGUUUUGUGGCUCUAAUGCGCAAUAGCAUCACACACACAAUCAUACAGCAUCAUUGUAUUAUACACCAAGAACAGUUGUGUGCAAAAGUACUCGAACUGAAACCCGUGAUGGAUAAAGUAGUGCAGACAGUCAAUUUUAUACGCGCAAGAGGCCUGAAUCACAGACAGUUCCAAGCAUUUCUGUCUGAUGUGGGUUCAGAUCACGAAGACAUCGUGUACUUUAGUCGCGUUCGCUGGCUCAGCAGAGCAGCCACACUGAAGCGAUUCUAUUUGUUGCUCGAUGAAGUAAAGAUUUUUCUUGAAAAUAAAGGCCAACAAAUUAGUUUUCUAACGGAUGAGCAGUGGUUGGCUGAUUUGGCUUUCCUGGUUGAUAUAAAUAAGUAUCUCUCUGAUCUCAACCUAAAACUGCAAGGAAAAGAUCAACUAUGCUCGCAGAUGUAUGAACAUGUUCAAGCUUUCACUAAGAAGCUCAUAUUAUUGGAGAAACAGCUGGAACAAAAGCAGUUGAUUCAUUGGGAGACCUUAUCUUCCAGAAAUCAAGAGACAUUGGACUUGACCAAGUACGCGUCAUUAUUGCAAAGAUUAAGGAAUGAGUUUGAUGUGAGAUUCGAAGACUUCAAAUCACAAAUGCCCAACAUGAAAGUCUUCCAAAAUCCGUUUGAUGUUGAAAUUGAAAGCGCCGGACUAAACCUACAUUUGGAAUUGAUUGAAAUACAAAGCAACUCUCUUCUAAAAGCGGCAUACAAUGAUUGCCUUCCAAAUGGAUUGAUUGAAUUUUACAAAAAAUGUGUCGGACCAAAUGGUGGAAUCAAGUGGUACAGGAAAGUCGCCAUUGAAAUCCUCACAAAUACCACAAUUGUCAAUGCUCAAAUAGGUUAUGAAUCUAUGACUGGAAAAUCUAUUAGCAGAACCCAAUUCCGGGAGGAAGUAAUUUCAUCGAAAUAUCCAGAGGUUAUAAAUAAGAACGUUCUACAGCAGCACCAGUUUACAACAACAAUUUGUAGUAAGAAGACGUUUGAGGUCAACUACUGA